AGACUAUGUUAUCUAUUAAAUCAAACCAUCCAUGUGAGUUAUUUUCCUGGUAAAGGCCCUGUGUUAUAAGGGGAGUGUUUUUGCAAUAUUAUGAAAAGCGUUAUGAAAAUAUUCUUUUCAUGGAAAUGUAACACCAGAUUUAUCUGGGAAUUAGUUGAACCUGGUGUCCUGAUCUGUCUGGGAAGAUCUAAGAAAGACACAUUGUGACUGCUGCUGGCCCUUUAAGUAGAGCCCUUCCCUGUCCAUUUAAACCUAACGAGGGGGGUGGCAUGCGGUUGCCUGCAUGUGUCAGCUGAUCUGGGAGGGCGUUUACUUGGAAUACGUCAACAACGUCCAUUUACCAACUAAAUAGCACUGUUAGAGGAAGUUGGUCCCUGCAAGCCCAUUUUAGCCUUACUUGUCGUGUGAAUGAAAACCACAAGGUAUGAUUUAAAACCAUAUAUGACCUAUGUUGCAAUAGAUUUUAGUUAUUUUGUGUUUGUUUACAUGUGUUCCAUAUUUGGAAUCCCUCUCUUGUCCCCUAGCAGCACACGUGGUUAUGUGUUAUAUUGCCUUUAUCCGGUAAGAAAUGCAUUCCCAUACUCAAAGAUGGGUUUUGCGCCUAGAACUAAAAUUAUUCUUAACCAUUCUACUGCAUGAGAAUCAUGGGAGAUGUAGUUCAAGGAUAGCAGGAGAGUUGCCCUGUUCUACCUUGGGGGAAAAAAUAAUAUAUAGGUCUGGGUAACAUUUUGUACCCUGGCAGUCCUGGUGUCCCUGUAAGAGAUCAGUCCAAUGUAAUUGUGUUCUGUGUGAGUUACAGAGCCAGGAAUGUAAAUGUGGUAACAAAAUCUGUGUCAACUAACUUUUUUAUUAUUCGUAACAGAAAAUAUUGUCCAUCUGAAAAAUGAUGGCCAGCUAGAAAAAAUAUUUAAUUAUUUAAAAUGAAUGUGAAUGGAAAAAAUACCCUUCCCAUAGAUAAUGCAGUUUUCCCAUUAUGUAAGGAGGAAAGGGGUAAAAACUUACCUUUUUCCAGCGCUGGGCGGGGAGCUCUCCUCCUCCGAUCCUCCCCGUCGGCUGAAUGCGCACGCGCGGCAAGAGUUGCGCGCGCAUUCAGCCGGUCGCAUUGGAAAGCAUUAUCAAUGCUUUCCUAUGGACGCUGGCGUGCUCUCACUGGGAAAAUCACAGUGUCAAUGAGACAGCCACUAGAUGAAAUAGGGGAAGGCUUAACCCACUCUCUGAAACUAUGUUUAUAAAAGAAUGGGUUAACCCUAGCUGGACCUGGCACCCAGACCACUUCAUUAAGCUGAAGUGGUCUGGGUGCCUAGAGUGGUCUUUUAAUACUGAAUUCUAUUGCUUCAAAUGUUACAAAUUUAAGCGCAACCUAUUCCCUUUUUUAUGUAUUUUUUUUUUUAAUUGUAUUUGUAUUUACAAUUUUCUUUGUAUUGUCUGUGAUUGAGCCCCAUCAAUUUAAGGUGUGCUGCCUUAUUCACUAUAUUUUAGUUCUAUGUGUUGCUCUCAGUGCUGAUUCCCCAUCCCCACCUUUGGAUUGGUGGGGAUAUAUCCCGAUCCAUGCUGGGCACACUAACUACGCUGCACUGGUCAACUUUAUCUUUGCCAUUCCUUAGACCACGUUGUGAAUCAAAGAUGGCUGCCAUGCAGUGGCCUCCACUGAAUCAAACAGGCUUCGAGAGCCUGGAUUGGGUGCAGCGCUUGGAGGACAGAUUUGACAAGCUGUGCUAGUAUUUCUGGACUCGUAUAGCCUGCCGCUCCUACACUCCUAUCUCGCCAGUCCGAAUUCCCCCGACGCACAAAGAGGUAUUACUAUUACUGCAGCUUCGCUCUAGCCUAACCUACUAUGGGACAAAGUCAAGCCGGGACUCGCUGGAUGAGACCCUGACGCAGUGCUCAUGUUGGUGAAGUGGACACGGGUGCAUUCGAACACAGCUUUCACAUUGCGGCCAUACUGUGAGCCACUACAUUCCUGAGCCACAGUUCACCAUGGGAUAUCCCCAUACACACCGCUCAUACCCCCGGAUGGCCCUUACUCAACACGUUAUAAAGAAGUCUGGCAAUGGGCCCGAGAUCAAGUCCUGUUUGCAGCUUGACAAGGGGCUUGUGAGAUUGGUACAUUGGACUGUAUUUUGCCUGGUGGGAUACAGUUAGAUGGGAUCCCUGUAAUCGCUCUCACUGGGUCAUCGUACAUUAUCCGAAGGGCAUAUGCUGAGCUUGGUGCUUUAAAAAAGCAGCUUAUUAUAGGCAGAGAUGUGGACUAUCUGCUCUUUCACGGUUUAUUCUCAUGCCCAGUGGUAUCUACUAAUAAGCAACUUGUCAGUUGUUACAGCCAGAUUUGUUUUUUUUUUUUUUUGUGUCUUCUUCAUACUGACAUUCUUUCUCAUCUGCCAGUACAGCAUCAAUACUUACCUAUUCAUCACCUUAUCGAGACAACUUUUUCUUUAGUAUAUUCGCUCUGACUCUGUUCACAGACUUGACAUGCCUGCCUAGUUCGAUUCAUUUGCUUAGUCUCUCUUGACAGUACCUGUUGUGUUUGCAUGUCUCCAAUUACUGUUUACAUGUAAAUAUCAACUCAUUUAUUUAUUUUUACUGCACUUCAAAAAUAUGCAGCGUCUACGACCGAGUCCUAAUCUUCAGCAGGGGGACUUCUUGAGUUGGGCAUACAAGUUCGACUGCAUUUUAUAUCACGCUUUUAGUUUUCUAGGAUUUUUUUUUUAAACCUAAUGGUAAUUAUGAAAGGAUUACACCAGGGGUGGGCAAUCGGCGGCCCUCCAGAUGUUUUUGUACUAAAUCUCCCAUAAUGCUCUUAGGGCCAUAAUGCUAGCAAAGCAUCAAGGGAGAUGUAGUCCAAAACAUCUGGAGGGCUGCAGAUUAUCCACCCCUGGAUUACACCAAUCUUUAUAGUGUAUUUAACUUGGUAAUUUGGUUAUACAUUGCAUAUACAAUUGUGCAUGGUGUAUGUAUUGCUGCCGUAAUUUUUUCCCCAUUUUCCAUCUUUAGCACAUACUCUAGAUUUGCCUUGAUUUUCCAGCAUUUAGCAAGACACACACGUUACUUGAAAAGGCAUGCGCUGGUUUCAUGUCUUUUCAAGUAAUAACUAAGCUUUGUAAAACCAUCCUUUCAGAGAGUUAAUUGAGAUGGUUUAAAAUGAUACUCCACUUUCCCAUUAAAAAAAAUCACUGUUUAGUAGAUAUACCUGCAAUUUACUGGGGUUAUAUACAAAACUUGCAUUUCUCUUGUCUGAAGCCUUUGCAAGCCCUACUCUUCUAACCCCGCCCAGACUUUCUGUGGCUGUCCAAUCACAGACUUCUCAGUGCAGCUCAAUGAGAAGCCUUUGCAAGGCAGGUGCGCUGGGCAAUAGCUGCCUCUUGAGUUUACGUCCCCUGAGCUAACCAACCCAGGAUGUGAUAGGGCCUAUUGUCUGCUUGAAUUCCAAGAGGAGUGUAACCAGGUUAAUUUUAUAAAAAUGUCUAUUGAAAUUGCACCUUUUUGUAAAAUGCAGAAAGAGGACAUACUCUUCACAUCCUGAAGUACUACAACAGGCUAAAGUGCUAUGAAUGUAAGUAGGUGCAGUAAAAAAAAAAAAAACUGUCUCCUUUCCAAGGUGAAUGAGAGCAUUUGUGGAGGUUAGAAAAAAAACACCUAACCUUUACUUUAGUGAUUCUCUCUGAUAUAUUUGCGUGAUGUAAUGUGCGUAGUGUUAUCAAACUUUUCCAUCCAAUCUACAGAAUCUUUCAAGUAUGCCCCCCACCUCCUGGAUAAGACCAAGGAAGGUGGUAUGAGCCACAGUAAUGGAAUGGGAGUGUAGCAGAGAUAUCAGUGCUAUAUGUUUUGUGAGGUAAUUUGCAGAUGAUUUUAAUGAAGUAGUUACAUCUGCCAGGUAAACCUUCACGGGCUUUCCUCUAAUAAGUAAAUGCCACACAUCAGUGAUGCCUACCCCCACUUACCAUGUGGACCAUCCCUAUUUGGGUCAAUGCCCUGCCAUCCUGAGUUAUGCUUCUUGGAUGAUGAACUGUACAGUAUAAUAAAGGGGUUCUAUUGUGUAAAUAUUACAAAGUUGUAAUAAGUGUCUCUAGAGGCAGUAUUGCUAACUCUCAAACUGCAGUGAUUUACAGUGCAGUACUUAGGGGGUUACACUGCACCCAGACCACUUCAAUGAGCUGAAGUGGUUAGGGUGCCUAUUGUGUGCGCCUUUAUACAUCCCAAGCAUGGAUUAUUUACCCAUGCAAAACCACGCUCACACACCAUGGCUGACCAAAUUGCAACUUCUUACAACUCUCACACUUUGUAUCUAGCGUUUGGCCCUGCUAGCAUCAUUAUGAUAUGGGCACAAGUGGGUUAUCACCAGUUCAUUAUCAUUAUAUUUUAUUUUAUUUUUUUGACCAUCUUUAUUUUUCAUUUUACGUGGUACAUGUAAAUUGAGGAGCGCAAAUACAAGAUAACAUUCUCGAUAGGCAUUAGUAUUUCUCUGAUACCUGUAGGUAGACAAUAGGAGGUAAACCAUUUGGAGCUAUGAAGAUAAAGGAGAGUUGGGGCGGUUGAAUCGACAGCUGCGUUAAGUGCGUAGGAAUAUUGGUGGAAGAUAAGUAGAAGCCGAGCGUUUUGUUGGCGUCUCAAAGACAUAUGGGUUUUUUUUUUUUUUUUUUUAAAGACCGUGUAUACAUUCAGUUUUUAGCGCAGGAGUUGUCCACCUAGGUGUGUGUGUGUGUAACUGUACCAGGCAGUUAGUAAUUUGAAGCUCGCCUCCUGGAAUUUUGAGCUAAUGGAGCUUUUGUGUGCGAGUAUGAAUAUUUUGUCCCAGUCCUGUUCCGUCAAGGUAUCCUCUUUCUAGUCACCUCUAUUGACUAAUAAAGGCAUGUACAUCUUGGGAUACAUUUAACAUAGUUUAAAAAAAAAAAAAAAAAAUAUGUAUGUGUGUAUGUAUAUGUAUGUAUAUGUAUGUGUGUGUGUGUGUGUGUGUGUAUGUAUGUAUAUAUAUAUAUAUAUAUAUAUAUAUAUAUAAAUAUAUAUAUAUAUAUAUUAUUUAUUUAUAUUUUGAUUGCAUUGUGCGUUUCUCAGAGUGACUUUGAAGGUCUCCCAAUUUCAUUGCCCAUCAGUCUUAAAAAUGCAGCCUUUAAAUACAAAUGUAUAUACAAAUUUACAAUAAUAGAUUUAGUUUCCAAAUAAUGAGGCCUCUCUGCACACUGCAUCUAGUUUGCGUUAGUAGAUGGGGAACAUACCAAAGCAUUCUGCCAUUACAUUGUAUUUCCUAAAAGCAGCUCUAGAAAGAGGAAAUUACAUAGCAGGAGUACACCUUUAAUACCUGCUAAGUAUUAUUGUAGUAGCAGUGUUUUAUUUGAUGGUCCAUCUUUUGGCCACCCCUAUUUAACUGCAUAACAUUUCCUCUGGACGAACUGCAUGUAUGGGGAUAAAUGCCAUGCAACUUUCUUGUUUUGUAUGUACUCCCAAAUAGUGGUGGUGUUUUAUUUAUUUUUUGUCAGACAGCCUCUGCUAUUAACUUAUCUAGUUUUUGAUGGGAUGGAGGAGUAUUCAGUGACAUUCAAAUAUGAACAAAAUUGCUAUUUAAAGGAAUAGAGAGUCAUCUUUAAAAAUAAUCCAUUAGCUCAUCACACAAACAAGACUUCCAAUAUUUUCCAUGAUGUCGAUUGUUGUGUGUUUUUUUUUAAUGGUUUUUAUUUAAUUCCAAAACACAAACUUCUCCACCACAGUGUGUGUGUUUUAUUUUUAUAUAUUAUAUUUUUUUUAUUAUUAAAAUAUAUAUUAUUAUUAUUAUUUUUUUUUUUUUUUGUGAGGAAGUGGUGAGACCUAUAGCCUUAUAUCGCCCACAUAGCUUUGCACCGAGUUCUCAUUCUAGCGGAUAAGUGCAUGAAUGUGAUCUAGAUUCAAUUCUUCAUUCCCUCCUCCCUUUUUUUCCCCACACCAUGCCAGUUUUGCCGCGACAACCCCUCCCAUAGUGAUGCUUUGCCUGGCAAGCCCACAGGUGUGACUCGGGAAUACAAGGAGGGGUCAUAAUCAUCUGCAAUGAGAACAGUGUAAUCAGAGGACAGAGAAAAUAGAUUUUUGUAUAUCUAAUAUUUUUAGAGUGUGUGUGUUUUUUUUUUUUUCCCAGGACCACUGAUUAGUAUUCCUGCAGGGUGUGCAAAGUCUUAACAGAAUAGAAAACUCAAGCAUGUGCUCUUUUUAUGUAAUGUGCCCAUGUGAACACUAUAUAACCUCUAAAAUUCCUAUCGUGGGCUGUGUAAAAUGGCAUAAUAUUAUACAGGUCACCUCAGUAUUGGCAUGUGGGCUGCUGGAUGUAUGACUUUAAAAUUGUAGAAUAUGGUUUCCUAGGAAUCCUCUAUUUUAAGCCAUUCAUGCUUCACAAUUCUAAAGUAAAAUACAUAUUUUGUUUGUUUCCAGUUGAGUGUACUCAUUGCAAAAUUAAAAGCUGCAUAUUCUGUGCAGAGUUAGAGGAAAAGUGAGCACCUAACUGAAAAUGUCAGACUGAUAUUUUCAUACCAGUUCGAAUACUGCAAUCUGAAAAUGGUAUUCCAUUAGAAAAUGGUGGAUAGCUCGUGUGCACAAAGCUGCUGCACCAUCCGAUAUAAAAACAAAACAAACAAACCAUAAACUAGAACUUCUGUUCAUUAAAAUAUAUUCACACACUAGGGAGGGUUGGGAAUGCCAGAGCUACAGAGGUACUACAGAGCGGCACUAAUGACCACAGCCCUACAAACACACACUGCCCAAAACCCACCACAAUGGAUAGAAAUGGAAUCAACCUGGUCCUGUCCCAAAGGUCUUAAAUACCUCCUCUGGGUACCACACAGGCUACGCCCACCCCUCCCAGAAAUACCAGCAACCACUGAUAUCCUAUUGAAAACCUGGGAUAAAUCUAAGCCAAAACUUGGAUACAACACCGAUUGGGCGCUGGCCACUCCCAUAUACAGCAUACAUUUAGCAUACCCUGCUUUUGACCACCGUACGUGGUUGGCAAAAGGAUGUACCCUAGUUCGACACCUGUACGGGCAGGGACAACUGAGACACUUCCCAGACCUACAAGUAGAAUACGACCUGCCACAAAGAAUGAUAUUUUCAUACUUGCAACUAAAGGGAAUAUUAACACACGACACCUCCCUAAACAUACCGCAACAUACACAAAGUGUAGAUAGAGCAUGUAUAUCGAUGACCAUGCCUAAGAAACCACUCUCGCUACUAUAUGCUCUGCUCAGUGACUCCAACCAACAACUACAGACAGACAAUUUUAGAGACGCAUGGCACAGAGACAUAGGUACAAUAUUCACAGAUGACCAAUGGACCCUGGCUUUUACGGCCCAUAAAGGCAGAUCCAGAUGCGCAUCACACCUAGAGCUCAUGCGCAAGAUACAAUAUAGAUGGUACCUGGUGCCAACGAGACUGGCGACCAUUUACCCUAACUCCUCCAAAUUAUGUUGGAGAUGCUUAGCAGGAGAGGGCACAAUGUACCACAUUUGGUGGACCUGCCCAAGGCUUAAGGAAUACUGGAACAUGGUGGAGGCAACAGUUAAGGGAGCGUUGAGAGUCGAUACUAAGCUAAGACCAGAAUGUGCCUUACUAUUUAUAACACUGGACUCCCAUCCAAAACCACAAGCGAGCUUAUUAUUUCACAUCUUAACAGCAGCAAACCUCUUGUUAGCCAGGAGGUGGAAACAGACACAGACACCCACUAGGUCUGACCUGAUAGAACAGACGUCACUCAACCUGACCUACGAAAUAGGGACUAGUCAACAGUUCCACCCAGCAAAACAUAUCAUACAAGCCAAAGAUGAGUGGGAAACCUACAUAUCACAGACUGGGGAGGGGAUAUAGAUAGAAAAAAAAAAAAAAGAGGCUGGACUUAGAGACACCAGACGGAGAGUGCAAGACGAACAGGGCGACCACUAGAAUAGAGGUCUAGAGCAGGAGGCCCCCACAAAAGACCAAGAUAUCUGGGAACUGCCCAAACAAUACACCAGCGCGAAGACGUCGCGGAAUAUGAACCCACAAUGUACAUAGUUCGAGGGGUAAAGACCCAAGCACCACGCUGCAAAUAACAAAUGAAGCAUGACAAUGAAACAAGAGCAGUACGGGCAUGGUGCCGGGUCCACACACCCUCCUCACCCCCCCUCCAUACCCACCUCUCCUAAUCCCCCCCCAAACUGAGGCGACAACUACUAGCCAAAGGGUAUGCAAGAUAGGAGAGAAUACCACAGGUCGAAUGGAUGGACCCCGACCCACCCCACUAGUAACAAAACUCCACCAUAUAAGACCAAGUUCGUUAGGACUGUCUAACAUGUAUAAAUAUGAAGAUGACUAAUGCAUACUAACCGCUUACCCUCCCCUUCUUCUUUUCUGUACCCCCCACUAUAUUAUACGCAUUAACAAUACAAACAUGAGAAGAAGAAGAAAAAAAAAAAAAAAAACGUAAUGGAGUGGGUCCUCCACCACUAGACAGGAAUGCUCCUAGACAAAGACCACUAAGCGACCAACUGUAUAAGACGUACAUCAGAAAAACACAUAAAUAUGCCUAGUAUGUCAAAUGAAUAAUUAAUACUACAACACCUCCUCUGUAUCAUUUAUUGUGCAUGUAUUAAUGUUUACCCCAUCCCACUUUUCCUUCUGUACCCCAACAUCCUAUGAAAAACAAAUAAAAAUUGUCAAAUUGAAAAAAAAAAAAUAUAUUCACACACUUAAAUUAGAAAAGCAAAACAAAUUAAUAAAUAGAACAUUCCCUAAAUCCAUACCAUGUUAGUAUCUGUAAAACAUCUCUCGUAGUCAAACUGUUAAGUGGGGAGUGCUUUUGGUCAUUUAGAACAGAGGUGGCCAAAAGGUAGACCCUCAGCUGUUGUCGAACCAUAACCCAUGAUGCUUUUCCAAUCUUAAGUCUGUCAAAGCUUCAUGGCAGAUGUAGUUCUGUAACAAUUGCAAUCUACCCUUUUCCUUGUCUUCUGAAUAUUUUGAUCCGAUUCUAUUCAUUCCAAAGCUAAUACUCCUAAUCCAACCUUGCUCACACAUUAAAUAAAGUCCACGGCCAGGCUAGCUCAUCUAUUGUUUAAUAAGUUUAGAAUAGCUGAAGGUAGCCCUCCGAAAAAAAAACUCUGGCUUUUGCAGUUUGUUUGCCAAAACUUGGUAAGUAAAAUAAAUAAAUAAAGACUCUGUAUGACCUACAACUGUGGCUUUCAGCAGCAAUCCGUUUUACAAGUGGUUAAAAUAAUACAGCAUUUAAAAAGUAUUACUUUUUUUUUUACCUUUGUCAUGUUUGGGGUGUGUGAUGCUAUUUGUUUAAUGUAUGUUUGUUUCCUGCUGCUGUAAUUUUCACUUCCUUGUCUUGUAGGACGGGUAACACUGCAAGUAUAAAAGCUAAACGAAGACCCUACACUAUGGAGAGAGUUUUUUUUUAAGAACAGAAGGUUCAUGUCUGGAAAGGUUUAGAGAGGAAUAAGAUCCAAGAGAAACAUUGAAGUGCCAUUGGAUAGAAUGGAAGCUAUGUUUAGGUAGCAACUUCAGCUGUGACUAAUUGUUUUUACACUGGUGGUGCAAGAGACGUUACAUUCUGCAAUGGACUUUACACAAUGGCUCAAUACUACUAUGUCUGGCAGUCAAAGAGACAUAAAUUCGUAUGUUUUCUUGCCACGAAAUGGGUCUUGGGGAGUAGAGGAUGUUGAUGUGAGUAUGAACCUUGAUCUGUUUAUCGGGUAUUAUUCUGUUCCAAUUUGCUGUGCAUUGGGGAAAUGACUGUAGGAUUUAUUACACUAUCUGUUACAGUAGGUGAAACAUAAGUAGGAUGCUGUGCUCAUAGCACUGCUUUUGCCACAAGAAAGUGUUUGUUUGAAAUAUUUUUCAAAAUAUGUGAGUCCUAUAUUUAUUCUUCCUUUUCACAGGUUUAAUACCUUUUCUUACCUGCCCAACCUGUACAAUCAGGUUUGACAUCGCUUUUCCAGUUUAUAAAAUAUAGCGGGUUGGUUUGUUGUUGUUGUGACUUAUUUUUAUUUUUUUUUCCAUUACUUCCCGAUUGACAUUACCUCUUCUGAAGUCCGGUGCCCAGCUUGUCAGAACCAAAUUAAGUUAGACAGUGAUAACCAUCCUCCUUCCCCUCUAAGGCAGUGGUGCCCAAAAGGUAGAUCCUUGGAUGUUUUAGAACUACAACUCCCAUGAUGCUUUAAGACAUCUGGGGAGCUACCUUUUUUGGAACCCCUGCUCCAAGGUAUUCAACUAGAGGUGCUGUAGGUCAUUAGGCUGGUUCUUAAACCAAACUCAAACCUAAAACUCAGUUUAACUGUUGGCCACUGUUCUCUCACAUGGGGACUGCUGAUCCUUUUUUUUUUUUUCUCUGAUGCUCACAGACACAGAUGCACACCCACAGAUUUACACUGACCGAUGCAAACAGUCUGUCCCAUGCACACAGACCCUUCUGGAAAUAUGUCCAGCGGCAUCCUGAGUGGGAGUUUUGUUCUGACCAUAGCCUCCUUUUGAGGAUUCAGCAGCGAGAGUGCACAUGGGUAGAAGGAUUCUUGCAUUCUCUGCUAUAUUAAUGACUAAGCACCACACUGCUCCAUUGCCAAUCUGGACGGGUACCAGCCACCUAGCAAUUGUUACUUUAUUUAGUGGAGCCUGUGGGUUGGUAGUUUGAGAUCCCUGCUUUAAAGUGUUUCUUUCACGAUAUACAUGUUAGAAGUGUGUAUCAUGACAUGAAGAGCAUUAACUUUAAUUUUACAUUGUGAUCGCAAGAUAGUAGGUAUAUAGAAUUUUUUUAAUUUAAACCCCUUUUAAAAUGUGGUCAUCUUUCCCCACCUGUCCAUCUCUGAGCAUAGACCUGUCUAUCCCAGGAACAUACAGGUUUAUAGUGCGGGAUAAAUGGCAAGGGAGAGCAGGAGAAUAAUCCCACUAGUGGGUUUUCCUGUUCUGUUAGAUAUUCCACCAGCAAGCAUUUCUCACACAUUCUUGGUAAAUAUAGGACUUAAGUGACUGAUAACACUUCGUUCUGAUGCCAACAUGUCUAGAUCCACAGGGAGGAUUUCCUUGCUUGGGGAGGUGUCCACCAACUCCUUUUUUGUGCAGAAGAGCAAGGAGGACUGUAGGGUAACCCACACUAACCAUUAGUGUAACUGUCCAUGACCCCUCCAAAAAGAGGGGCAGCAGUCAAGUAACUGUAUACUCUCUCCCAAAGCAAUAAUGCUUCUCCUUUAUUUUAAGGGUAAAUUAUAUAUUUGUUGCAUUGGGAGUUAUACACUUAAUUGAACCUAGCAUGACCGCUUCACUUUAAGCAUAUCUAGAGAAGAAUUGCUGUACUCAGUCUACAAAGCCAAGUGUCAUUUUACUUGUGCUUCAGUAUGAUUUACUCUGCUUUAUGAUAUUUAUACAGGUACCAUAUUUACUGCAUGUUGCAUUAUUGCUGCAUACGGUCGCCUUUUUGUGAAGCUAUUUUUAAAGCACACAUAAAGGGGCCACCAGGGAGGUCUGAUUGCCCUGACAGGUUCAUUCCAUUUCAGCUGUUUAGUUGCUUUUACUAAAGUGAAUUUCAAACUUAGGGGCAAAACUGCUGAAAUUAGGGGAAAGGAAAAAUUCUAUGUCCGCUGUGCUUUCAGUUCUUCUAUGUGGCCCUUUAAUUUAUCACUUAGGUAAAUGACCCUGUAUGUGUAUAUUUGGAGUCUUAAUAUAUCAGACUUUAAUUCAUUCCAAAGACACAAUAAUAACACAAGACUCAAAGGGGGAUAGAAUGGUUUUGCUAAAUAAUUUAAUUAAAUCCAUCAGAACAUUCCAACACAGGAAAUAUGACAACAUAGGGACAUUCAGGAUUACUUGGUAUCCUCAUUUCACAAAUUAUUUGUACAAAACCGGAGUUUGGUGAUUUUUAAAGGAACUAAUUAUUUAUUUCUUUUUUUUAAAUAUGAUUUUGUGAUGGUAUAUAUGCUUUAUGUCCUUCUUAAUCUUCUUUUCUUUAUUUCCCUCUUUUGGUGCAGUGUCAGGAGGUGGGGAAGCUGAAUGUGUCACUACGUUGCUCCUUUGUCAGAACAACCUCAGAUUGCAAUGAUACUGAUGGAUACUUUAGUUACCUGGAAGGGGCAUUUUGCACAUUUUCCCCUCAGCUGUUCCCUCUGGCUAUCUUUUUAUAUGUAAGUGCCUAUAGAAAAACAAGUUGCAGAGAGUUGUCUGGAAGGCUAUGAUUAUUACUGGCUGGGUGGACUAGUUCUUACUGUGUUGAUAGGUUUAGUGUCGGCUGCCUGCAUACAUGCUUGGUGGGUCAAUUAUUGUGGGCAGGAGGAGACCAUUGAUAGAAAAAGGGUACAAGAACUGCAUAUGUGGCAUGGUAACUGAGCCAAUACCUCCCAUUUGGGUUCUAUAAUGCAGACAACCCAACUUGCAAAAAUGCAUUUCAAGGAGGUGGCUACACACAGUCUGCAAACGUGUGAACACCUUGACACGCAGAUGCACGCCCUGGCACAUACACCCAGAUGGACACACUGACACAUGCACGUACACUCAGAUGCACACAUUGACACAGUGACACAAACUAAACUCCUGUUAGCUUACCUUUGUGUCCUGGAGACUGGCUUGCUCUGGUCCUGGCUGAGUCUGAUGGGAGUGAGCAUAUAGUAGCAGCUCCUUACAGCCUCUUUUCUGCCUCCAUGCUUCCUCCUAUCUCCAGUCCUCCUGGGCAGUGCUCUGUGAAGCAGGGAGGAAGUAACAGGCUGUCAUCACUUCCUCCCUGACAGCUGAUACUAUGGUCAGCCCUUAAAGGGCCGGAACCCCACCCUGCUUAGUGAGUAUGAGGAAAGGGGGGCACAAAUUCUGUAUAAUAUCUGGUAAUCAAUACAGAGAAUCUGAUGUGUAUUGUGUGUGUGAUUUCCGGGAUAUUAUAAAUUAUUUGCGGGUGUCAGGGAGCCGCAUGUUGGGAGACUUGGGAUGUCUGAUAAUAGAUGUACAGUAAACUAACCAACAUGUGAGUUGUGAAACCUUCCUGGAUAGGAAUGGCUAAUCUUAUGUUGUCAGCUGCCUUCAGACAUGGAAUUGUAAAUGUGCUGUGUCUCACCUCUUACUGUUUCUCCAUAGGCCAUGUGGCUCAUCUACCUCUUUAUCAUCCUUGCUGUUACUGCAGAAAAGUUGUGAGUAAAACUUGAUUAUUUUGACUAGAAUUUGCAUGGUUUAAACUCACUUCACAUCUUGGAAGGACAGUGACCUACUAUUUAGCUUUUAUUUUGUGAAUUUUAUUUUUCAGCUUUUGUCCUAACCUAUCUGCCAUCGCGUCAAGCCUCAGGCUUUCCCAUAAUGUAGCAGUAUCCUUUUUCAAUCUCCUGUUUUCUUUUCCUAGAAAAAUAUAUAUAGAAUAAAUGCAAUUAUGGUAGCUAGAGGAUGCUGGAGAUCACCGUAUUGCAUUGUUAGUGGAAGGAAGAGGCAUAUUUAGGAGAGGGGGUGCACUUUUGGCAGUAAUGCAUUUUCCUUGACAUUUGGUCUGCAUGGUGUAACUUUCCUUGCAUUUGGAAAUGGUGCUCCCGAUGUUUUCAGUGCUGUGGCUGCAUUUUCUGACUCCAGGACAGCAGGAUUGGCUAUUGGAGCACUCUUUGGUAUGUAUUCCAGGAAACUCUAGUCUGUAUUCUAUAGAUCAACACGGGUUGCAGAAAACUUUAAAAUCCUGGAACUGAGCAUGGGGGAUACAUGGAAUAUUGGUAACUGGUACACUUGUAACUAUGUAUUAACAUUUUAAUAGUCAUACAUUUGCAACAGUAAAUUCAUAAAACAAAUUAAUCUCACUGUAUUUCUGACCAGCCCAUCUAAAAGAACACAAAUUUCAAUUUAAUCUGCAAAUCAUUCCUGACUUGGGGGAGAUUCAUUCACAAAAUAUCUCUAAAUUAAAAAUCUAUAUUGUGCAAAAGUCGAGGUCAAUGCACUCAACGUUCUAAAUCACGACAGCCUUUAUUAGUCACCUUGAGAAAGGUCACAGUAAGUGGCCAAAAUAUUUCCAUUUCCGUGUUGCUUAGUUUUUUUGACUCUGUCAAAAAACAUUGUUUUGUAUAUUUUUAUUUUUAUUUUUUUUUAGUCUGAUGUAUUGUAGUGAACCUGAUUAAUGGAGUACAUUCCCUAACACUCAAUACGAAGAUAAAAAUAUAGGCUUGAUGACAUGCAUAAGCUGUUUGAGUUCACUUUGUAUUAGUAAAAAUACACUGGAGCACCUACAAAUAAAUGUAAAGUGUGUGGGAUUUUCUCCUCCUUCUUCCCUCACAUCCAAGUUCUGCUCCAGUGUGCAUAAAAUCUAAAAUGUGGAUGAGGUUUGAUUAUAUGUUACUUGUGCCAGGUGCUGGUGUGUUUGUCACAACGGUGGUGGCAGGAGGCAUUGCUUUCGUGAAGCCAUUCACAGCUGCUUCUCGUCCGUUCCUGCGAGAUAUUGUUUUUUACAUGUCUGCUAUCUUCCUCACCUUCUUCGUGUUGUACCAAGGUUCUAUAAGCCUCGCUGAGGUGCUGGGUAAGUGGAUGGCACUAAUUUCUCGAUUUAAUUCUCCUAAUCUAUUCCCACCAGAGUUGUUUUCUUUGUGAUUAACAUGCCAUCUGUUCUUUUGCCUUUAUUGCAGUGUACCUGUUGAUGUACAUGGCUUAUGUCCUAGUGGUUGUCCUCUCCUCUUGGAUCUAUCGGAGGAUGCGGCAGAGUACAUUUUCUGCUCCCAAUUCAGAGGAGGCAGGUGGGUAUUUUCUCCCCCCCCCUUUUUUUUUUUUUUUUUUUUUUUUUUUAAAUUUCUUUAUGUGGAAAUAGUGACACUUCUGUAGCUUGUUUAGGUCUUUUCAAUACAUUUAUCAUUUUAACGAUCUAUAGUUUUAUAUACGCCAUUAACUAAUUCUCUACUUUUUGUAUACCCCAUUAUAAAGCACUCUAACUAUACAUUAUAAAGCUCCAAUACAACCUAAUAAUUGGGAAUAAAAAGAGGGAAUGCCAUUACAUUUAACGUGCAACUGAUGUUCAACAGGUAUUCAUGUUCCCAUGUAAAUAAUACUCAAUCUCUCUCUUUUAAUGCAUGUUGAUUCCCUCUCUUAUUAAUUGUUUUGGACAUAUGUUGACUGCAGCAUGGGAAAAAAUGUUUUAGUAUAUUAUAUAGUGUGUGUGUGUGUAAUUAUAUUAUAUUUCUCAUGCAACACUUGUUGUUCUCCAAAUACACCAAAUACCACAGUGCUGUUCCCUAAAAAAUACAGAAUUCAGUAGCAUAAUUGGCAGCUUUGUUAGGUUGAAUCGUCAUGGGGUACAAUAAAGUAGUAGAAACUGAAAACUGCUUUAAAUAGUCCAUGCAUAGUAUAGUGGGACACUGCUCUGUAAGCCUUUGCUUUAAAGGUAUGCACUUUGCCUGGGUAUGCAGAAAAAUUGCAAACCAGUCAAAGGGUUGAUGGACAUUAAAAUCCUUCUAAUAGAAUAUUGUGUUUUGGGUAAAACGGCAUACAGAGAAUUCUUAUCUGCAUAUGACACAUAACCGCUAGUUGGGUUUUGCUGACAAACCGUAGCAUUUCUACAAACACAGCAAUGUUUGGGACUAUUUAAGGUUUAUCCAGACUGGUUAUUUUUGGCCUGUGUUUUACAAGUUGCUAAUCAACUUCUUAACAAUGUGUUUAGUACAGUAAUACAGUUUAAUUAAACUCUUAAUUUUGUGUGUAACCUAUAUAAAUAAACAUUUUACUUCUUCUUCUGUUAGACCUCUUGACUGAAUCUGAAGAAGACCAUUUGUCUACACCUCAUGGCUCAGAGUAUGGUAUGAACCUGAUUUUUACCUAUAAAAUUAAAUAAUUUGUGUAUUGCCUUCUCUUUACUAAAUUAAUUGCCUGUGACCCACUUUUAUAGUUUUCAACAACGUUUUGUUUAUUGUACAUGUUCAAAAACCAUUUAAUCCAUGAUAAUGUACGAUUUAUUAUUUUCCUAUAUUGGAUUCCACAGAUUAAAAUAAAGUUCGUGAAAUAAAAUGACUAGUUAUUGGAAUAAUUUAUUUGCAUAAUAUAUGUUUCAGUUUACACUUUUUUUUUUUUUUCUUUUUUUCUAUAUCUUAUAAGGUGAUGAGUAUCAGCCUCUAAGGCCCAUCCAGUACAACACAUGGCAGAUUAUUGUGGAAGCACUAAAUCCUAUGGAUUCUAGAAAGUGGAGGUUGAAACGUUGGCCGUGGAGGCUCUUUAAAUUAAUAAAGGUGUGUAGAGAUGUAUAUGACCAUAGACAAAAAGAACAUUAGAAGUAUGAUGAUUUAAUUUGAGUUUGGAAAGCUGUGAUGUGACUGUUAUCAAGAUGUGUAUAUAAAAACCGAAUUAUCGAACUCUGUGUUUUUGAGUUGGCUAGAUCAAAGCAGAAAUGUAUCCAUAUUGCUUGAAAAACAGGAGCUGUAGCUUUUAGAGAUAGAAACAUAGAAUGCGACAGCAGAUAAGAACCAUUCGGCCCAUCUAGUCUGCCCAAUUUUCUAAAUACUCUCGUUAGUCCCUAGCCUUAUCUUAUAGUUAUUAUAGCCUUAUGCCUAUCCCACGCAUGCUUAAACUCCUUUACUGUUCUAACCUCUACCACUUCAGCUGGAAGGCUAUUCCAUGCAUCCACUACCCUCUCAAAUCAGACAUGCUUGGUAUUCAUAAAAAUGGUGAAUAACAUGAUGUAUUCAUUGUAAACAUGUGCUAGAUGUCUAUAGGCCAUAUAUCUAGUAUAGACUCUGACACCAUGCUUGUGAAAACUAUCAACAUAUCCUAUGUUAUUUUUAAAACAACUUGUGCAGGUUAUCUGGCACGGUACAUCGGUCUUUAAUAAUGUAUGAGUAACCUGACAUGAUACACAACACUUUAAAAAAAUGCCAGUUGUCUAGCACGACAUAUGUUAUAUUGGAAGAGGGCGAAUUGCAUUCCAUGUUAUGUAUAUCCACUGUCUACGUUUUCUCUCAACAAAAUGUAAAACUGUGCUGUAUAUUAAUUGGUCAUGUUUUGAUUGUUAUGCCUGUUACCGCUUACAACGGCUAUCGUGGCCGAAUAAGCAUAUUGUUAUCUCAUGCACAACAGAAAAUAAAGAAUAAAAAAAGGUGAAUAAAAUAGUUCCCUGAAACAGGGAACAUUUAAUAUGAGGUUGAUAAUAACAGAAACUGGGAUCAUACUUUUAAAAGGCAAGUAUCUUGUUUGGUUAUUAUGACACGUGUGUGUGUGUGUAUAUGUCUUGUUAAUAAGGAGAUGUAUCUUGAUUAUAGCUGACUACGCAUAUCUUAGUAACCUGUAAAUUGGAUGGACAUUUUUAUACAAACCUUGAAAGUCACAUAAUUAACACAGACACUUCUGAUGUAAACACACUGAGCUUUUUAGCCCAAUACCUCUGAAUUACCACAAGCAGAAACAUGAAAUACGUACAUUCUUUCAUUUUCUUAACAAAAUACAGAAGGAAAUGACUGCAAAAUAAAUCAAAUGCAACCACAUGAGCAAUAUGACUCAUAAUAAAGAUCAAGGGGGAAAAAUGCAGUUGUUGUGCAAGAUUUCACCAGUCGGCAAAAUAAACAGAUGUAUUGUAAAAACAAGUAUGCAUUCUAAGGGGAACAACUGGCAAAACCUGUUUUUAAACAAGUUUAUUACGUAUACCCUCUAAACCAGGCUUUGCAUUGUUCGAACGUUACCAAGAAAUUAUGUGGACUUCACCAAAUACUAGAAAGUUAUGUCUGCAUAAUUUGAAGCUCUUUUGUCAUUUUCAGUUUUUCGUGAACUCCUUAAAAAGCCCCCAAUUCAAAGAAACCUAGAACCCAAUAUUUUAAUGAGAUUAUAAACCACAGAUGAGGGUAGGGUUUUAAACUUCAUAAUUGCUUUCAGGAUUGCUACAGAGAUGGGGAUACUUCCAGCUAAAUAGGUUUACUCGUUAUUAGUAAUCAUCUGUUUCACUUUUUGUGUUUUUCAUUUCAUAAGAUGACAUUCACCUUAGGUUUUUUUUUAAUUUUUUUUUUUAGUUCUAGAUAAGACCAGAUAGGGGCUAUUUUUUAUUAUAGGUAUUGUGAUCUUUGGCAAUGGACCGCAAGCAGCCUUACAUUUCAGUUGCUAAGCUAAUUUACCCACAAUCCAUCAGUCAAAAUAUUUCCUAGCUCUGCAAACUGCAGACCUCAUGGACAGAGAAGAACAACAUGUCUGCGCCCGCAUAUUGAGAUUCUGUAUUAAAAAAAUGUUAGUUUUUUUUAUUUUUAAUAUGUAUAAGGCAAGUGGGCAAGUGGCAUAAUCAUUAAAGACCCCUAAACAAUUGUGCAUUUUGUGAAGAUAAAAUACUCAAACUGACUGUUGGAAUUUCAGGUUUCCUAAUUUCUACGUUUAACUUAAAUUUUUAACACCAUUCAUACACCUAUUUUUUUUUUUUUUUUAAAUAUAGGGACAAGUAAACCGAAUACAAAUUCUGGGAUGUGGCCGUGACCCUUUAAUGCCAACAUACAAUAAAAACAAAACACAAAGGGUUUUUCAUUAAAGUGGGGAUUGUAAAAAAUAAGAAAAAAACCCAAGUAAACUUCAAAUGCAAUUUGGCAAAACUAACAGAAUUGACUUGGAGAAUUUUUCUACUUUGGCUUAAAUUUGGAGUUCAAUUUUUAAUUCCCAGGAAUUCUUUCAUCAUUUAUUAUAAUUUGAAUUAUGGAGAUUUGACAAAGGAAUUCGUCGGUUUAGACCAAAAUGUCCGUGAAGGAUUAAAAAUUUUUUUUUCCAAUUUAGUUAUAAGCUUCAGAGAACUCCUUUUUGGGUUUUUUUGGGGGUUUUUUGUUUUUUAAACUUUAAGUGUCAGUUUGUAAAGCAAUUUUAUCUAAAGCUGUGUAAAGUGUGCUUGCACUAUAAUGUAUAAUAAAGAUUAUGUGAUCCAUUUUGGCCUUUAGGUCCCCAUAGAGUUUUUACUUCUCCUCACUGUUCCUGUGGUGGAUCCAGACAAAGAAGAUCACAAUUGGCAGAGACCCCUGAACUGCCUACAUCUCAUCCUUAGCCCUCUGCUCUGUAUAUUCACCAUCAAGUCUGGAACAUGUGAGUGCCAAUCCUGUAGAAUUCUCACACUGAUUACUUUUUCAAUAACUGUCAAACAAAAUUUUUUAAUUUUUCUUUUUUUUUUUUUUUUCUCUGUUUUUUCAGAUGCACUCUACUGUAUUCAGAAUGUGAUGCCAAUUUGGGCUAUUUUUCUGAUAGUAGGAUUUUUGUUGGCCGCCAUUGUUUUCUUCACAACCAAGAACGGAGAGCCUCCAAAAUAUCACUGUGUAAGAUAACAAGUUAACGUUUUGGUUUGUCUCCGAAUACAUAUUUACUAGAGAUGUCGCAAACCGUCCGGGAACUUCUCGCAAACGGUUCGCGGCGAACUCUGGUCAGCUGACACAUCCCGGCCAAUCUCCAGCAGGCCCUCCCACCUCCUGGACAGCAUCCAUGUUGAAGCUGCCUUCAACAUGGAUGCUGUCCAGGAAGUAGGAGGGUCUGGGAGGGAGGGUCUGCUGGAGAUUGGCCGGGAUGUGUCAGCUGACCAGAGUUCGCGGCAAACGGUUCGUGGCGAAUGGUUCGCGGACGAUUCGCGACAUCUCUAAUAUUUACUUUAUGCAGGUAUCAUCAGUUAUUUAAAUAUGACUAUGUUUGCAUGAUACCCAAUGCUGCAAAAAUGUGUAAUAGCCUUCUACUUUCUACAGGUUUUUUCUUACUUGGGCUUCGUGGUCAGUGCGCUUUGGAUCAAUGCUGCAGCAACAGAAGUUGUGAACCUGUUACACACAUUUGGUGUGAUCUUCCGUCUCAGUAACACUGUACUCGGAUUAACCCUGCUUGCCUGGGGAAAUAGUAUAGGGGGUAAGUAUAGUAUGGUAUUUUCAUAGUCUGUUUGAAAUGGAACCAUGGCAAAGUUUGUCAGAUAUCUAAGUCUGUUAUUGUCAUACUGCCUAACUUCCAGUCCAUGAAGCCAUUAAUUGUUGACAUUCGCUUUAAUAAAUUAACCAAAACAAUCCAGGAUUAAGCAAUCUUAUUUCUAAAUUGUAUGGUAUUUAGAAAUAGUCCUAAAACUUAACUGCUCACCAGUGACUCUUGGUUGUGAAAUCCUACUGAAGGUUUGUACCAUAGUUCCACCUAGGAUUGUAAUGUGUGAAUGUUGCAAGCCUUUCAGGGCUCUGCAGAGCACCGCAUCAACACCACUGGAGAAAGAUCAGUCUUCUACAAAUCGCAUGUGCUCAUCCCUGGUACUGUCUUUCUCUCUUCAUAGAUUUUGUUUCUGACAUCACACUGGCUCGGCAGGGGUACCCUCGUAUGGCAUUCUCAGCCUGCUUUGGUGGCAUCAUCUUCAGUAUCCUUUUCUGUCAUUGUUUGGUUCUAGGCUGGCAUAGCAUUAUCAGAACUAGCUGAUGUAAUCAUUCAAUUUAUGAAAUAUUCCAAGUCUUUCUUUCUGUUUGUUUGGAAAUGAGUACAGGCAGUUUGACUCUUAAAAGCUUUACAUUUAGUCAACCGGUGUAAGUCUUGAUGAUCCUUAAUUCAUUGACCAAAAACAACUGUCAAAGCUGCCUUUUUAGUACGCACACUUACAGACACGAACUAGUCUUAUGUGUCCAAUUUUCUAGAGGGAAGCGUCACUUUUCUGGAAUGACUAUAUUAAAUAAAACCUUGAAAUACAUUAAAGGACCACUAUAGUGCCAGGAAAACAUACUCGUUUUCCUGGCACUAUAGUGCCCUGAGGGUGCCCCCACCCUCAGGGACCCCCUCCCGCCCGGCUCUGGAAGGGGAAAGGGGUAAAAACUUACCUUUUUCCAGCGCUGGGCGGAGAGCUCUCCUCCUCCUCUCCGCCUCCGUUACGCCCCGCCGGCUGAAUGCGCACGCGCGGCAAGAGCUGCGCGCGCAUUCAGCCGGUCUCAUAGGAAAGCAUUUACAAUGCUUUCCUAUGGACGCUGGCGUGCUCUCACUGUGAUUUUCACAGUGAGAAGCACGCAAGCGCCUCUAGUGGCUGCCAAUGAGACAGCCACUAGAGGAUUAGGGGGAAGGCUUAACCCAUUCAUAAUUAUAGCAGUUUCUCUGAAACUGUUAUAAUUAUGAAAAAAUGGGUUAACCCUAGAAGGACCUGGCACCCAGACCACUUCAUUAAGCUGAAGUGGUCUGGGUGCCUAGAGUGGUCCUUUAACUGUGUUAACCAUGUUUUUCAAGAAAUUCUGUUUUCUAUAAUUUUAUUUUUGUUUUAAAAAUUUAGAAAAUUACAUCACAUUCCAGGUAAGGCCAGGCCAACGUAAACAUUGCAAAUUAAGAGACUAAAUUGAUUUUGCGAGAGAGAGAGAAUUUAUUUAUUUUUUUUUUAUUUUUUUUCUCUGUAUGCUUUUUCUAUGAUAGCUGCAAGAUACAGAGCUUAUAACUUUUAUUGAUGGUUAACUAGGAUGGAAGAGCCCAAUUGAAAGAUCAAAAGUUUAACUUUAUAUUUCACACCUCUUAAGCCAAUUUUUGUUCAACAAAGGAAUAAAUAUAAUAUUUACAAAAACCUUUAAAAAUGUAAGCAAAGGGGGGGGCGGGGCCAUGCAGCCAAGCAGCCCAGACGUGUUUGGAGAGAGCUCCCAUGUCUGGGGACAGAAUACUGGGAAUUAAACCCACAAAUUGUUACCCACAAGCCGCAGACCAAGAGAUCCACAACCGGGAGGGGCUGCUGCACAGAACGGUACCUCUCCCAAGCACUGGACUAGCAGACCGAACAUAUCGAGGCCUGCGGCCUACUCGCAACCGAGCCACGAGGAGACGGCCGCUCCACGGGCACGAGAGCAGGGAACGAACUCCCGGGGAAAAGUCUCCCGCCUCCCCCCCCCCAGGACCGGUGGGGGUCAUCCCGGUCCACACACUAGAGCGGAUAAUACUUAACCAAGCGCUGCACUUAGGCGCGCGGAGGACAAGAGAGAGCCACGAGGCCCGAUCAAAAUGGCUGACAGCAUCAUCACCCACACACAGCCACAGACCCCCAGCGACUGGGAGGCUGCCUCUAAUGCAAGGUUCGAAGCCAUGUGGGAGCAGUUCUGGGCUAAGCUAGCAUAUAAACACCGGCUGCCUCAGCCACUAAAUCUCGGGAAGAAACCCAGACCACCCACAGCAAGACAACUAGCCAGGGCCGUGCACCCUGAGCAGCCCUCGACCGGGACAAGUAUACCGGCUACACGCCAGCAACAAGCCACCGCACCCGAGAGGCGUGCAACCACUGUUGCCCAUCGGAGCCCGGACAAGCAUAGAGGUGUCGGCAAAACCCCCAUGAGGAGGAAAAGCGGGAGGAGCAGACCCCAACAAGCCCGGUGCAUUGGCACCCGAAGGUGGACGGGUCUACGCGGCUCGCAAUACCGAGCACACCUACGAGAAUACGCACCGCAGUCCACUCAACAAGACCAGGGUCAUGCACGCAGACAAGCCGGGAGGCCAGCUCAAGCGGCUGCUCGCAGCUGGGACUGUACAUCCGCAAGACAGGAGACAGCUAUUGCACGGAAUGCCUCUGAAUGCUCCCAGACCUAUGCUGUAAGCCUGCCGACCUCUGGUAUAGGGUGAAUGGGGACACUUGUAACAAGCUGGCAUACUGAUAUUAUGCUUACUGUCCCUGAU